UCAAAUUUCCUCGAUUCUUAGAUUUUUCAAUCGAUUAUUAUAGAGGAAAUAAUAAGAGAGAUUGAAAUUCAAGGGGUAUGCGUAUAUGAUUUAGUAAUUCUAAAUCUGAGAUACGGUGAUUUAGCCGUUUAGGUAUUUCGAAACGUUAGGUGAUUCGGUAAUUUGUGGAAUAAAAAAUGGAAAUGGAUCGCUGGCGUCGUGCUGCUGCUGCUUCAACUUUCCCAAGAGAGACAGAGAGAAACACCCGAUGGGGUACCUCUCUUGCCGCGCCGACUCCUCGAUCGGCACCUGCCGGUCUUUCUCCGCCAUCUCCACCGUCAUUCCUUCUCAGAAGUCCCAAAUUAGGAAAGCUCCGCCGGCACAGCAGAUCCCCGAUCUCGAUUCCGGCGGCAGCUUGACACACGCCCGGGAAUUCAACUACCAAGAACUUGAAUCUGCCACUGGAAACUUCUCCGACGAAGCUCUCCUAGGGCGUGGAAGCCACGGCGCGGUUUAUAAGGCAGUACUCCGAGGUGGUCGUCUCGUCGCGGUCAAGCGCCCCUCCCGCCGCCAUUUCCACCUCUCCUCUCCGUCGCCCCCUUCCACCGCCGCUGCUCCCACUCGCGACGAGGUCGAGAACGAGAUUGAGAUAAUGUCCGGAAUCCGAAGCCCCCGUAUUGUCAACUUAAUCGGCUUCACCCCUUCCACCCCGGACCGCAAGGAACGGCUCCUGGUGGUGGAAUUCAUGCCUAAUGGUACGCUCUACGACCUUCUUCACUCUAAUCUCCAACCGCCUGGAUGGACUCGUCGCCUCCGACUCGCGCUUCAGACGGCCAAAGCCCUUCGUACUCUCCAUUCUGUGCAACCUCCGGUCAUCCACCGCGACGUCAAGUCGGCGAAUGUAAUGAUCGAUCAGAACUUCAAUGCUCGGCUCGGGGAUUUCGGUCUCGCCCUCCGCGACGAAGAUAACGCCGAAUUUCCCUUCGCCCGCUCGACCCCUCCCGCAGGCACGCUCGGCUAUCUCGACCCUUCAUACGUCACUCCGGAGAACGUAAGCACCAAAACAGACGUCUUUAGCUUCGGGAUUUUACUUCUGGAGAUACUGAGCGGCCGGAAGGCUAUUGAUGUCGCCUACUCCCCGCCUUCCGUGAUGGAGUGGGCCGUCCCUUUGUUGAGAAAAGGGAAGGUGGUGACGCUUUUUGAUCCGAGGAUCGCACCGCCCAAAGAUCCGGUGGCGGGGAAGCAGCUGGCUUCACUUGCCGCCAGCUGCGUAAAGUCCUACAAGGAGAUGCGGCCUUCUAUGCAGGAGGUGGUGGAGCAGCUCAAGGUGUUGAGCAAGACAGUUUCUUCUAGAGCAUGGAAUUCUCUCUCGGUUGCCAACUCGUGCUCGGUCGUCGAUGUGGAGAAGACCCUUACCAAACGGAAUGCUAGUAGUGUGGAUAGGGCUGAAACUUUGGGUUCAGGUUCAAGUAUUCUUGCAGAUAAGGAGUCAAUUGCUAAGGCUGAAGAUCUUCCUGUUGUUGUAAAGAAACCUCCUGUGAUUGUGAAUCAAUCUCGCUCUUUGCCAACGAGGAACAUGCUCUCACAGAAAACGAAGGGAAGUACAAAUCUUUUAGAACUCAUGGCUCAACCUGAUGCAGCACUGGUUAAGCCAUUGACACCUUCUGUUAGCCGUAACAAUAGUUCGACUAUCAGCAGGGCUAGCACCUUGCAAGCAGUUCAUGCUUUCCAUUUCCAUGAGAGUGCUGCAAGUUUUCAGUUGAGGAACCGAACUGUGACAAGUAACAAAUUGAAAUCAUUCUUCUCAUGCAAUCUAUCUAUCAAUGAUAUGGAUAGGUUGGAUGAGAAAGCUCAUGAUCAAAUUACAGAUCGCCUUUAACCUCAUUAGUUUCCAUGAUAGAAGUAUGCUCCUCUAUUAUGGAUUUCCCUAAUUCUAGGGGGAGAAAGACCUUUCCAACAAAAGCAAUGAAAGUGAUUGGUUUAGUGCGCAGAUUGAAAGAGUAAGAAUCAGAUAUGUUACCAGGUAAUUCUCAUGCCAUGCUUAAAUCAGUGUGCUAUAAUUAUUUUGUCAAUUCAGGAGUUGUAACUUCACUGCUUCAUUGAAAGGCCCCUACUCAAACCUGAACUUAUAGCCUACUUCAUUCUGUUUAUAAAUUAGAACUGAAUUGCCUAAUAGUCUUUUAUAUAUAUAUAUAUAUUUUUUAAUUUAUUGUUAUUAGUAUCAUUUAUGUUAUAUCAUUUUAUAUUUGGAGCACCCCCAAGCAUGCAACCUUACCCAUUGGUAUAUCUAGGCAUGAUUUGUAACUUCUUUUUUGUAUGUUUUUAUAAAUCUGAGAAUAGUUUCCUAAUGUCCUUAUUCAACUUAUAAUUUUCUAUGACUUGAUGGCCAACUACUAGAAAUCUGGCCAAUUGUUCUCUGUUGAUUCUCAAGCAUAGAGAUCCCCAACCCGAGAAAGUUUCCUCAAUCUCCUACUCAAGCUGCUUCUGGCAAUUAGACAACUUCAAGAACCAAGCAAGAGCUAAUAUAAAUUGGUCAGUCAAAGCUUUUCAAAUUUACUUUGAUCUCUUAUGUGUACUUCUAGAGCCUGGGUCUGUCCUAACCUUUCACGUAUGGUGAAUCUGGCACAUCAUAUUGGUGAUAUGUUUGUUCAUGAAUCCUAGUUUUUGACACUGGUUUAAUAUUUUUCCUACACUAAUCGUCAAUUUCAGUUUGCUAGCUCCAUUGGAAGAUCUCAGACGAGUGUUACUUCUUGAACCGUGUUUAGGAUUUUCCUUGUUUAUCUUGUGAUAAAGUUAUGUCACCUUGAGUUUAAGUUGCGGAAACAAUCUCGGGGUAAAAUUGCAUAUAAUACAUCCAAUGUGAUCCGAUAUUUUCUCUAGAUUCCGUAUUGAUAGGAGCUGUGAAUCAUACUGUCCUUUAUCUUGAUUUCAUUCACAUCUUUUUCUAAACUACAAUGCUUAGGAAUUUUGCUCAAGGCAUUUUUUUUUGAAGUUUAGAAAGAGGAAAAAUAAGUUUGGUGAUCAAAAUGAUUAUCUAGUAAGGUGUAAUAGUUAAGCGGCAAUUUCUUAGACACUCAAGGAUCGA